AAGUGUAUUGUACAUUGUGUAUUAUAUUCAUUUUAUAUGUUGUAUAAGUGUUAAUAAAGUACUAAAGUUCAAAAGCUUGAAACAUAACAAUAUACCUUUUCUCCAAAAUAAUUAUUUCGAUCAAUAUAAUGAUCAAUCUUCUUCUUCCUCGUUGGCAAAACAUCUGUUGUUGGUCAAGACCUGGCUGUACCACUAGUGAUGUUGGUUUUCAGUGACUUAUUGAUUACACAUAGCAGGAUAGCCACUCCUACGUAUGGGAGCAAGGUCCGUUCGGUACUUGAACCCAUGACGAGCAUGUAUUUAAGUCGUACGAGUUGGCGACUGUACUACGGGACCGGCCAUAUAACGACCAUUAAUGCGCAUAAAAUGGAUAGUAACAACCGACUUUACAAAUUUCAAGAAUAUGUUGUUUGUACAGUUGCAGACAAUCAAACACAGAAAUUGUUCGAAUGUAGGUUGCAGCUACACGUAUCCGAAGAAGACAGCAGAUUUCGCAGCAACAGAAAAGUGGAUAUAAAAGACGGAAGAAUGAAUAGGAUAUAGUAAGUCCCAGAUUCAAAGCCAACCGAGCAGCCAACAUGAAGUUCGCAUUCGCCUUCGUCUUGAUUGCUCUGUUCGCGGUGUUCGCCGUCUGCCAGGCACUGCCUCAACCUGAGCGGGCCGCCGCUUCCAGCAACGAUGGAGCCAGCGCUAUCACCAAGAUCGUGCUAGAGCUUACCCCGGAGCAGGCCGCCGCAGUUCAGAAAAUGGGAGGGCGUGGAUUCUGGCCUAUCAUGAUGAAGAGCGUCAAGAAGAUCAUGGCCAUCGGUUGCGAUCUGAUUGAUUGCUAGAAGCAACAUAAAGUGUCAAUAAACGAUUUGUGAAAAAUAGAGCAUAAAAGAA